AAGGCCGAUAGCAAUAGACGACAAGAGAAAACAAACCAGACUGACACCAGCACGUAAUGUAUAUACGUCUCUUAAUUACACGCCAUUUCCUGUCUAACAUGGGCGAGUUUGGAUACUCGGAAUGAAUAACAAUAAUGAGGCAGGAAAGCCUCCUCAACCGUACAACACCGUCCGUUUUAGUCAGGGACUGGUCAUUGUAGAUCUGAUGCUGAUCGGCGACGUCCGAACUGGAAAGACAAGCCUCAUACGACGUUUUGUGGAUGGAACAUUUGUUGAUUCGUACCACUAUAAUGGCUGUAGUUUUUUAAGGAGGAAAGUUUGGAUUGAUCGCUCAGAGGUCGACGUACGAUUGUGGGAGACACAAAAUGAUGAGAGGUUCAGCACUAGACCAUAUUAUGAGCGUUGCCAUGGUGUCAUUGUCGUAUAUGACGUCACGAAUACAUCCAGCUUUGAGAAUAUCGACAAAGUUUGGCUGAAGGACAUAGAGCUAAAUGGAUUCCGAGAUGUAGUAGUUGUUAUUGUGGGGACCAAAUGUGAUCAUGUGGAUCGUCAAGUUGAUUAUAAGACGGCAAAGACGUUUGCAGACAAACUUAACAUACCAUUGGUGGAAACAAGUUCCUUGACUGGGUACGGUAUCGAUCGUGCUGUCAUGUCCACUGUAGUCGUGGCCUUAGACAAGAUUCUGCAGAAAGUGCCGUCCAUAAGUGAAAUAGAGUAUGUUAAUCCACGUUAUAAAGAUGACAACGGAUGUCAAUUAUCUUGAUAGUAGACACGCCAUAGAGGUAUAUACGAAUACGCAGAGUUAGCCUCAACACUGACACAAUGGCUCACACACCAAAGACAAACCAUAACGACACUGAUUGUUAACUGUAACGGCAAACUGAAUGCCAGUACGGUCACUCAGACUGGCUCUUCUCGGCCACAACCGUACCUGAUAGUGUUAGCUCUACUUGCAGUCAAAAGGUCUACCGACCUAGCCCAAUAUGUUGGUUGUAAACUGCCUCCAUUUUACACACGUGCUGACUGCCCAUAGAUUUAGCAUCACCAGCUGGCAUUGGGUCUCAGUUAUGCUUGCGGUUCAUUGGCAUCGCCACAACUAGCACCGCUUUGAUUUUCUUAAUAGUGGAUCUCAUAAUUUCAUAUGUUGAUUUUAUUUGGCCAACCAACUAAAAGUAUGCCAUUAGCUUCACCUAACACAGAAAUUGGUAUCUUUUCCGGAUCGCUCUAAAAUUUUAAGCUGACUCCGGCUUUUAUUUCAUAAAACGCCUUUACCAUAGAAACUUUUGACACUGGAAAGCGUUUUCAUUGGUCAAAGUGUCAACGAAAACUACCAAUAACUUGCAAUCGAUUGGUCUAUUCUAAAUCCCAAACAGUGACACUUUCCUUCUUUAGGUUUGUUUACGUCAGCAGAUCCACCAACAAAGCUAUCGAUGGGAAGUGUUAACUUUACUGACGGACUGAAUAAAGUAAAGUGAAUGUGGUGCUAUAUAUACGACAGUAUAAAUAUAUUGAUGGAUAUUCUUGAAUGUAAAAUUGUGUGAUGUUGUAUUUAUGAUAAGAUUUGCCAACUGUUAGACAUAGAUCUAUAUGUUACAGGAAAUGAACACAAUACAUUGCUGUCUGUAUUUCCAAGAAUGAAACACACAUGAUGCUAUCAUUGUUUUAUCAUCCGUUUGUUUUAUUGAAGUUACACACUUUAUGUUGAGGACCGUUUAAUAUUUCUCAGUUUGGCUUGAUAAAUGACUUAUAUUGUAUUGCUGUGUUCUAGAGGAUUUGUUAGUGUAUGAGAGGUAACAUAUGUUUAUGAUAUAGAUUUUUUUUAUCAA